AUGGUCUUCCAAGCAUCUGAACAAGACCGAAUGACAGCAAAGUUAACAAAAAGCAAGAGCGUCAUCGCGAAGGCAAUAGUCGCCCUUCUGUUCCUCGGCGCCAAAGGCGGGGCAGAGGAGCUGGGCCAGUUCCUCCGCAAUUACGAGUUGCUCUCGUAUCCGGAGUCGCAGAUGAACGCCGCCUCAAGCUCCCACCGAGUCAAGCGAUCCGUGAAGGAGCCGUCCGAUACCAUCCACGUCCACUUCAAGGCCCAAGGAAGGGACUUUCACCUCGUAUUGCGCCGAGAUUUCUCCGCUUUCGCGGACAACUUCGUCAUGAGGACCACGUCGGGGCCUGUGGACGCCGAUCUCUCGCACAUCUACUCCGGUUACCUUGACGGUGACCCGGGCAGUCACGUGUACGGCUCCGUUGUCAGUGGCGUCUUCGAAGGCCGCAUCACCACAAGUGACGGGCGCACAUUCUACGCCGAGGCGGCCUGGAAGUAUGCGGGCCGGCUGCCCGAAAACUCGGACGGGCACACGGUCUUCUACGCGGCCGACGAUGUCCGUUUGCCGCCACAGCUUGCCGCGCACGGUGGAUGCGGGCUCGACAAGUUGCAGGCGCACAUGGCGGCUCACGGGAUUGACCUGCGGCGUCGUACGGUUUUCAACAGCAUCAUGAUCGUGACGCCAACACCGUGA